AGAAUAUGCCGGGAAAGAAAACGUGAAUAAAGAAAACACAAAAAGUAAACUAAUAAUGUUCACCCCUCAGCAACCCAGUGGAAGAUCAAGGGCUUCCCCUUUUACCCCAAAUCCCCGAGGUGGUCCUCGUUCAUCACAGAAUAAAAGAACAUCUGGACUUUUCACUCCAAAUCGAAGAGCCAGUGCCAAUGUUUCAAGAAGUCAUAUAGGAUCCCGAUCAUUGACUACAUCACAGAUAGUUGAUGAAACAGCACAACAUAGAGUAGAGAAUUAUGGUGUUCCAUUACCUGUCUUGAUAACAGAGGCUCUAACUCUAGCUGACAGAAAUACAGAGAUAACAGUAAAGAUAGAUCCUUCAGGAUGGGCUUGGCUUGUGGCUGGAAGAAAAUUAUUUAUUUGGAAAUAUAAAGCCAGUGGAUCAGGGAGGGGUAUACAAUGUAAAGAAUUAAGUCUACCACCAAGUGAUUUAGCUCACAAUGCAGCAAGAGUUUGUGUUCUACCACAUCAUAGUGAGAAUCAACCCCCAGCCUGUAUAGCUGUCACUCCAGAAGGUGUAGUCAGAUAUUGGUCUAAUAUAGCCUAUGAAAGUUCUACAGCUGAAAUUAGUGCUGAGUUGAAAGGAGAAGAAACAGAUUGUGUUGUCAACUGUCAGCCAUAUGGAUGUUUGUUAGCAACAACUACCAGCUCUUUAGUUUUACUUCUGCCUUCUCAAGGACAGAAUGUAAUUGUUUGUCAACCUAUAAAAUCAUCACAAGGAAUGUUUGCUGGGUUUGGAAGAAGAAUGUCAUCAUUUAUAUUUGGCGCCACCCCUUCCCAGACAUCAGGAAUGCCAUUACAAGCAGUGGUAUCAGGUCCAGAAGAAGAAGAUUCCAGACCAUUCUAUGUUCUAUCAGGAACUUUGUUACAGAAAUGGAACUUAUCAGACUCUCAUACUGAAAAGAUAUCAUUUCAAGUAGAUGUAGAUAGACUAUAUAAAGAAGCUUUAGCUAAACAACUAUGGGGUCAAGAAUCAGUACAACUUCCUCAGUUAAAAACAUGGUUACUGGAUAUUCAAACCACCAGUUAUGGUGUUAUGAUAUUAGGAGCUGGUGUGAAUAUAGAAUCUACUGAUACACUGCAUUAUUCUAUAAUGUCUCUAUCUACUAGCCAUGAUAUACCACCAACUAGUCUAGAUAGUUUUAUAAACAUAGAUCAUGUUGAUAAGUAUUCAGAAAGAAAUGAAGAGAAGGUACUAGGUUAUCAGUUAUUAGUACCUGGUAGUGGUAAUAAUUCAGCCUAUGUUUAUAACAGAAAUACUAUUUUUAUAGUCAACCAAGAGGGAGAGAAUUCAGCCACAGAUAAAAUGGAACUUCAGGGUGUACAUGAUAUGUAUCUUGGAGCAGGAAGUACCGAUGGUAAAGCUCUGUUCUUCUCCAACUCUCAUGGUUUAUUUUCACUGUCACCUCAAAAUCACAUUGAUACCAGUAUACUAGAAGAAUCAGGUCAUGAUCCAUUUACACAAAAUGAUGGGUCCAUGAUGGGAAAUAAUUUACCACAGGUAACUGAAUUAAGUCAAAGUGACAGUAAAUCAGCCAGAUUAAAAGCUGCUUUCCUUUCUUCAAUAUCAGGCAAUAUACAACAAGCGCAGUCUAUCCUAUCAGAGUUAUUUCCCCCUGAGUUAAGUAGUGAAGAUGGUACAGGAAGUGAGGUAGAUGAGUUAGUGGUAGGAUUGAGUUGCGAUGUUAUUGAUGAUUAUCCUGCCUCAGAUCCACGCUGGGCUCAAAACAUUAAACAGGGUGACGUUACUAACAGUUCCAGUUCCUUGUUAAUUUUACAACAGUUAAAAGAUAAAGAGAAAGCUCAUAGUUAUCUUAUAGCUUUCCUUAAAAAACUUCAUCUGUGGGAUAGGCUAAGUAUAAUCAAUGUAAACAGUACCUAUAUGUCAACAACAUCUGUUUUAUGUGAACAUGCUGAAAAACUGACAGCUGCCAUCACUCUCAGACAAUUACAAACAGAACAUCAUACAGAUAUUAUAGAUGAGUGUAUUAAACAUGUAUUUAAAAUGAGAGGAGAGAAUUUACGAAGGUUACCAUCUGGUUUAACUCCACAAGAUAUCUUCUAUAGAGAGGUAUCUAGGAUAGAAGAAGUUAUAGAAGCACUGGUAGAGUUAGAAACUGAUACACUAGAGAAAGAACCCUCCCCACAGAGACGUGUAACACUUAUAACAGCUGUUAAUUCUAUAAUUGAGGGUAUGUUAACUACAGCAUUACAGUAUCGUCAAUCGAAAGCUGAAGCCUAUAUUUCACCUACUAUACUAGGUUUACAACAAGAAUAUAAACCUUGGACAUCUACUGGUGGACCUAGAGGUCUUCGUACACUACUCUUUAAACAGGUCAAUUUGACUGUAGAGGGCGCUGUGACAGAAAUUAAAGAUGAUGAUACUAAAAAUGUGGUAUUUCAACAAUUGUUGGUGAUAUCUGAUAUAUUAUUGGAUGGUUACAGUAACCAAUUAGAAUCCCUACGUAGAUCAGACGGCAAUGAGGAGGCAUAUAUUACUCUAGAACAAAAAUAUCAACAGGAACGACAGAAUCUUAUAACUCCAUUAGUUGAAAAUGAGGAAUAUGAAAGAGCCCUCUCACUAGCUGAAAAAUAUUCUGAUUUUCAAACAUUAAUAAUGGUUUGCGAAAAAACUAAUAAUAAUGAAAGAUUACAGAGAUAUGUAGAACAAUAUAAUGAACAGGGUUUUUCUACUGUUUUAUUUGACUGGUAUAUGAAACACGGUCGUAGAGGAAGGCUGUUUUCUCAACAGAUAGGUAAUUCAAGAGAUCUAGGCCAGUUUCUAGAAUCUGAUAACAAUCGAUAUUUAAGCUGGCUUCAUGAUAUCUCUAACCAACAAUAUACACAGGCUCAUGAAACAUUACUAGAUCUAGCUAGAACAGAAACUACAUUCGCUUCCAAGAAAAAGACAUUAUUAAGUUUAAGUAAGUUAACAGCUCUAGCCUCUGAUAACCAGUCUCCUGAUAUGAAAGAGCGAAUGGAUGAAAUAGAUGAUCAGUUAGAUUUGAUUUUACAUCAAGAACAACUUCCACCAGAUUCUUUACAGCAUUUAGGUAUGGAUACAAACAAUAUGAGUGUUUUAAAACCACAGGAAAUUAUAGAGUUAUAUAUAAGUGAAAUUAAUGCUGUAGCAACAGAAUACGAGUUUAAAAAGGCUUUAGAUUUACUGCAAUAUCUGGACCAAGAAGAUGAUGAUAUAGAUAUCAAUGAAUUAAGAUUACAUAUAUGGUCUAAAGCUGUUCUCAGAGAUAAUUGGAAGGAUAAUAAAGCCAGUGACCCAUUAGACACGAUAAAAGAUACAAUUUUCUUUAAAACAGUUGAUCUAGCUUACAAUGAAGGUUUAGAUUUAACAGAAUAUUUACCGAGUGUAGAAGAAAUCUUACAGUCUGAAGAACUUGGUGAUCUACGAAAUCAUCCCAACUUUCAGUUCUUAAUCAAAGCAGGCUACGAACAUUUACAAUCAGUCAUGUGACCUAGUGUCAAUUAAAGAUGGUGUUUAUUUGCAUCCUGUAAAUAUUUGCUGGUAAUUCAAUUUCAGCUCUUCCUAUCAUUUUUCAAAAUGAAAAUCCAACACAUGGUUUGUCAUCAAUUAAAGGAAAUGUCUUGGUGGAAGUGACUACAGAUUUAACUACCAGACUGGAGCACAAUUUCAGCUCUACCGAUCAUUUUUCAAUAUGAAAAUCCAACACUUGGUUUGUUAUCAGUUAGUUAAGGAAAUGUCUUGGUGGAAGUGACUACGAAUUUAACUGGAGCUAAAUUUCAGCUCUCCCUAUCACUUUUCAGAAUGAAAAUCUAACACAUGGUUUGUCAUCAAUUAAAGGAAAUGUCUUGGUGAAAAUGACUACAGACUAAACUUCCAGACCCUUAAUAACAUAUGCUGAUAUUAUCAAUAUCAUGAUAUCAUUAGUAACUGGGUGGAACAAUGUUAUAAACAAGUCUUCUAUUGAUACAUUUUUAUUUAAUUGUAAACGAACCAGUUAUAUUAUGAAAAGUGAUCUGGAAAGCUGAAAAACUUUUUUUGGAUGACUAAUUAUCAGAUGUUUCAUUUACAUUAAUAAUAGUGACAUUUUUUCCACUUUAUCUAAAGUGCUUGAAUUUAAAGAACAUCAUGUUGAAAUCAGAAAAGCGAUAUGUACAUUUUGUUUUGUCAUUUUCCUUGAAUCUUCAAUAAAAAUCACGCUACCAUC